UGGUAAAGAGAGUAAAGAGAGGUAAAGAGAGGUAAAGAGAGAGAGAGAGCCGGAGUCUUCAGUCCCGCGGAGGGAACAGAGAGGGACAGACGCAGGAAAAUCACAGAUGAAAAGACAAUAAAAACAAAAAUAAACUAAUCUUCUUUUUCUUCUUCUUUUUCUCUCUUUUCUGCUCGAACAUGGCGGGAUCUUCCAACACCCCUCUGUCCCGGACCUCCACCCCUCCCACCGACCCUCUCUUCCACUCCGACCCGCUCUACAGCGCUCCCAACCCGGCCAGCUCCCCGCGCCUCCCCGCCGCUCGCCCGGCCGGAGCCUUCCUGAGCGGCAGAGUCCCGGUGAGCGUGAACGGGACGAGCGGCGGCGGCUGCGGGGCUGCGGCUCCGCACACCGAGUGUAUGAUGGUGGAAGUUCACGGCGUGAAGGUGGCGUCGUUCACGGUGAACGGCGUGGAGCUGAUCUGCCUUCCGCAGGUGUUCGAGCUGUUCCUGAAGCACCUGGUGGGCGGACUGCACACCGUGUACACCAAGCUGAAGCGGCUGGACAUCAGCCCGGUGGUCUGCACCGUGGAGCAGGUGCGCGUCCUGCGGGGGCUCGGAGCCAUCCAGCCCGGAGUCAACCGCUGCAAGCUCAUCACCAGGGCCGACUUCGAGACGCUGUACCGGGACUGCACCAACGCCAGCUCUCGACCAGGUCGUCCUCCGAAGCGAACCCUGGGCGUGGCCACGGUGACCGACGGCUCCAGACUCCUCUCACACGGUCUGAUAAGCCCCGCCCUGCUGUCACAAACAGGUCUGACGGCGGCGGCGAUGGCCGAGGCGCUGAAGCUGCAGAAGAUGAGGAUGAUGAUGGGUUUCCAUGGCAACUGUGAUCAGCAGCAACAUCACAACAACGGUGCCGAGUCUGACAACGACACGGGAGGCAGUGAAGCAUCCUGGGAGAAGGAGCGGCGCCUCCUGUCUCCUCCACCCUCCUCCGUUGUGGCUCCUCCUCCUGGUUCGGCGUCUCUCCACCUCAACACUCUGCAGCAGCACAGCACCCUAUUGGCCAACCGUCUGUCAGAACUUCCUUUUAUGGUCAUGCCACACCCCCUCCUCCCUGUGGGCUUGCCCCCAGCCAGUGUUGCCAUGGCGAUGAACCAGAUGAGUCACCUGAGCGGUUUGGCAAACAUGGCCGCCAUGUCACAUGUUCAGAGAGAGGAAAGCAAGGAGUCUCCUCUGAGAAGCCCCUCCCCCAGUGAUGAUGAGCUCCGCCCCCAAGAACCAACCAGCCAAUCACCUUCCAGAGCAUCUUCAUCCUCGUCAUCAUCACCUCCUCCUCCAGCACGCACACCAGAGCCGGACGGCGAGUUUGCAGAGCGAGAACACAACACGAAGAAGGUGCUGAAAGAAAAAGAUGACAGCCUGUUGCCCCUCCCCCUCCUCAAACCAACCUAUGAGAAGCUGCCGCUCACCUCUCAGCCACUGUCAAUCAACCACGCAAAUCCCGCCUUCGGCCCGUUCCUGUUGGCUGAGGGUCUGUCGUCCAUGGAGACCCUGCUGACCAACAUACAGGGUCUCCUGAAGGUGGCGGUGCAGAGCGCUCGUUCUCAUGACAAACAGAACCAGAUGGAGAGGAAAGAGUUAAAACUGGAGCUGGAGAGAGAGAGAGACGCCAGGCAGACACUACAGAGACAGCUGAGCUCCGAACUGCAGAGCAGAGUGUCGAUCCAGCGGCGGCUGAAGAAGGAGAAGAAGGCGAAGAGGAAGCUGCAGGAGGCGCUGGACUUUGAGUCGAGGAGGAGAGAGCAGGUGGAGAGAGCACUCAAACACUCGGAUUCCCUCACAGGUCUUCCUGAGAACGAGCUGGAGAACCAGCAGGAGAACUCAGCGGCUCGAGAGAACCGAGUCUUCAUCAAACCUCCUCUCCUCUUCUGAGACCUCAGACCGGAUGAAGGCUCAGACUCAGACUCAGACUGGACCACUAAACAACACCAGAGGAACUCAAACUCCCAUCAGCCACUUCUGUUUCUGCUUCCUGUUUAUAAAGAUUAUUAUUGUUAUUAAAGAGAACAGCAUCAUGUCACCUUGAAGGGGGAGGAGUUUAAAUGUCACAUGACCACUUAUGAUGUCAUCAGGUGGAAUACCUGCAGGACUGUUUAUCUUCAGGGCCCCCAGCUGGAUCUGAACCAGGGGGACAAGACUGACCUGGACUCUGCUGAAUACAGGUGUCGUAGUUCCCACCUGUAGAGGGCGGAGUCACACCUCUUUUUAUAAACGUGUAUUUAAUGUUUGUAAACUUCUGUAGAACUUUAGUCUUUGGUAGUUAGUCGCAGUACUGAUACUACUGCUGUAGUACUUAACAUGUAGUAGUGGAAAUACUGUCACAGUGCAUUUACUGGGAUUUUCACCAGAAGGAGCUCUGACCGUUAACGAGUUCUGAUCCUUAACGAGUUCUGAUCCUUAACGAGCUCUGACCCGUAACAAGUUCUGAUCCUUAACAAGUUCUGAUCCUUAACGAGCUCUGACCCGUAACAAGUUCUGAUCCUUAACGAGCUCUGACCCGUGACAAGUUCUGAUCCUUAACGAGCUCUGACCCUUAACGAGCUCUGACCCGUAACAAGUUCUGAUCCUUAACAAGUUCUGAUCCUUAACGAGCUCUGACCCGUAACGAGUUCUGAUCCUUAACAAGCUCUGACCCGUAACAAGUUCUGACCCUUAACAAGUUCUGAUCCUUAACGAGCUCUGACCCUUAACAAGUUCUGACCCUUAACGAGCUCUGACCCGUAACAAGUUCUGAUCCUUAACGAGCUCUGACCCGUAACAAGUUCUGAUCCUUAACGAGUUCUGACCCUUAACGAGCUCUGACCCGUAACAAGUUCUGACCCUUAACAAGUUCUGACCCUUAACGAGCUCUGACCCGUAACAAGUUCUGAUCCUUAACAAGUUCUGACCCUUAACGAGUUCUGACCCGUAACGAGUUCUGAUCCUUAACAAGUUCUGACCCUUAACAAGCUCUGACCCGUAACGAGCUCUGACCCGUAACAAGUUCUGAUCCUUAAUGAGCUCUGACCCUUAACGAGCUCUGACCCGUAACGGGCUCUGACUCUUAACAAGUUCUGACCCUUAACAAGCUCUGACCUUUAACGAGCUCUGACCCUUAACGAGUUCUGACCCGUAACGAGCUCUGACCCGUAACAAGUUCUGACCCUUAACAAGCUCUGACCCGUAACGGGCUCUGACUCUUAACAAGUUCUGAUCCUUAACGAGUUCUGAUCCUUAACGAGCUCUGAUCCUUAACGAGCUCUGAUCCUUAACGAGCUCUGACCCGUAACGGGCUCUGACUCUUAACAAGUUCUGACCCUUAACGAGCUCUGACCUUUAACGAGCUCUGACCCGUAACGGGCUCUGACCCUUAACGAGCUCUGACCCGUAACAAGUUCUGACCCUUAACAAGCUCUGACCCGUAACGGGCUCUGACUCUUAACAAGUUCUGAUCCUUAAUGAGUUCUGAUCCUUAACGAGCUCUGACCCGUAACAGGCUCUGACUCUUAACAAGUUCUGGCCCUUAACGAGCUCUGACUCUUAACAAGCUCUGACCCUUAACGAGGCAGCCGUUAGUCUUCCAGCUGAUUGGUUGUCUGUUUUCUUCUUGUUGUAAAUACUGAACCGAGCAGGAACCGGAUUCUACACAGAACCUGAAGUUUUAAUCUUUGAAAAGGUCAUGAUGAGGUCACAAUGAGGUCAUGAUGAGGUCACAAUGAGGUCAUGAUGAGGUCACCAGUCCAGUUGUAUUUUUCUAUAAUCUGGUUUUAAUAAAAAUAAAUAAUCUGA